UCUAGGAUUUGUGGCUACAAGAAUCAGGAAAUGGACAGAAAGUUGGGAAAAACCUUCAAAGAGAAAUUAAUCCUGAAGAAUGUCUUGGUCAAAGAAAUGAUUGCAGAAUUCCUGGGAACAUUCAUGUUGAUUGUCCUUGGAUGUGGCUCUGUAGCCCAAGCCGUCCUUAGUCGAGGGGUUGCAGGUGGAAUUGUAACCAUAAAUGUUGGUUUUGCAGUGGCUGUUGCAAUGGCUGUUUAUGUAUCAGGAGGAGUCUCUGGUGGUCACAUUAACCCAGCAGUGACUUUUGCUAUGUGUCUCUACGGACGGAUGAAAUGGUAUAAGUUCCCUUUCUAUAUAGGGGCUCAGUUCCUGGGGGCUUUUGUAGGGGCUGCAGCCCUCUUUGGAAUAUACUAUGAUGCAAUUAGGUGCUUUGCUGAAGGAAAACUGCUUGUCACAGGAGAAAAUGCAACAGCACAGAUUUUUGCAACAUAUCCAGUUAAAUACCUGACUGUGGCAAAUGAAUUUGCAGAUCAAGUGAUGUCUUCCUCAUUCCUUCUCUUGGUUGUCUUUGCCAUUUUUGAUGAAAAAAACUGGAGGGUCCCCAAGGGCCUAGAACCCGUUGUCAUUGGCCUACUGAUCCUGGUUCUUUCUUCCUCUUUGGGAAUGAACACUGGCUGUGCCAUGAACCCAGCUAGAGAUCUGAGUCCCAGGCUAUUCACAGCCCUGGCAGGCUGGGGGUUUGAAGUCUUCACAGCUGGAAGUUACUUCUGGUGGAUCCCAGUAGUAGGGCCUUUCCUUGGUGGAGCCAUAGGAGGUUUCAUCUAUAUUUACGGCAUUGAAAUCCACCAUGCAGACCCAGACACAGAAGAAAAGAUGGAACAAGUAGAAGAGAAACAUGAACUUAGUGUGAUAAUGUAAUAAUAUGCCCUAUCCUGGGCUGUGCAAUUGGUUGCAGUCAAGGGUCUAUAACUGUGUCUAUUCACUAAAAGUACAAAUCUGAUGAAGUUGUAAGACUGAAAGCUAGGGGAAAAUCUACUCACUUGUACUGGGCCUAAUGGGAGAGAUACUCCAUUGAAAAGAAGUAGGAUUAAGCAAGAAGUUGGGAUGGAGGCUGCUACUGUGGCUCUACAGGUUGGGUGUUCCCCUAGAGGAGCACUUGAGAUGGAAUCUUCUAAUGAAGAGAAUUUUCCCUCUAACUUUCUCACUUCAUCUUGGUGAUGUAAGUCCUUUGGGGUAGGACACCUGAUUACUGAUAUGCUCAAUUGGAUUUAUACCAGCUUCAUUAUCUGUAAAGAAAUAUUUUUUCAGUGCCAUCAUAUACCAGGAUUUUUAUUGUGUAAGUCCCAAAGAUUAUUUUCUGAGUACCAAGGUGUGUGUUCAAAGAUUUAUAGUUGUCUCAUUUAACUUAUCUGUGAUUGGAAACUAAUGGUACUUAAAGUUCUAGGAAUUGUCAACUUUGCUGCUAUAACAUAAUUCACCAGUGAAUCAUAAUCCUAGAAGUAGUUUUGCCAAAAACAAAACAAAACAAAACAAAACAAGAACAAAAACAAAAGGCUGAAAAUGUCUUUCCAAAGAAAAUAUAAAAUGUGCACUUAGUCUUUUAGAUCAGCCAUGGAAAAAUAAAAAACCCUGGCCCACGUAUCCAUAUCUUUAAUAAACCAAAAAUUGAAUAGGAAUCAAUACUCUUCUUUUAAAAAUUAUUUUUCCAUUUCUCUUUUCUAUUCUUAAUGUGUUGGUUUCCCAAAAUACUCCAUAUCUGUUGAGGGUACUCACAAAAAGCAUCAAUCCAGAGCCACUAGAUUUUGAUAAGCCAACUGAGAUAUCAGUAGCUAUACCAUGGAAUGCUUUUCAAGAUUUAGCUUUUCAAGCUAAAUACAAGGAAAUGACUUCUUUUCAAGCCCACAUUUUGUCUUAUAAAGAUUUGGCAAGCAAAGUAGUGCACACCACCUAAUACAGAAAAAAGUUGGGAGGAGUGGAUAAAAAAGAUCUUGUAGUAGAUAUUAACAUAGGGGCUGUAUAAAUUUUGGAGGGCUAAAUGGAAUUUUUUUGAACCAGCAAUAUUUGAAAAGUGUGUUAAUUCCCUUUAGAGUAAUACUAUCAAAUAGAAUAUGGAUCCCUGCAGUCCACAUAUUAGUUUUUUAAAAACAAAUUAACAUCACUUAAGUUUUACUGUAUUUUUUUUAAUUUUGUUAAGCAUCUCUUAAUUACAUUUUAAACUAAUUCAGGCCACAGAGGGGAGUUUUACAGCCCAAUACCCACUAGUUUGCGACCUCUUUAGAGGACAGGAAUUGAUUCUUAUAUAACAUCCUAAAAUGUGACAGGGCCUUAAGCAUGCACAAUAUUUUAUUUUUUUUUUGAGUCCUUUACUUCUAAAGUAUUUGCCAAAACAUCAGUCAAGAAGUACUUCAUAUGUUGUAAUCUUGUGCUUUUAUCUUUAAUUUAUAUUCUAGAUAGGCCAGACCACUGAGCUACUAAUUCUAAUAAAAUUAAAUUUAACAGUGAUAAAUAUAAGUUCCUGCACUGGGAUACAAAAAAACUGACUACAUAACUGCUCAUGUUCAAGGGAAGUUAGCUUAACAAUCAUUCAUGUGAAAAGGCAGAUGAAAAAGCUACCUAGAUCCUAGAUUGUAUUAACAGAUACACAUAGCCCGCUAGGCUUUGUUUAAUCAUAUUCUACCAAGACUAUAGUUUUAAAUUCUGGGCACCAUUUGGAAAGAACAUAGACAACUGGAGCAAAUCCUAAAGAGAAUAGUAAGAGGACAGAAAACUGUGAAGCACGAAGAUAGGUUGGAGGAACUGGAGACAUUUAGCCAGGAGAAAGGAAAAUAUGGGAAGGAGCAGUAUUCAGGUAUUGGGAAAAUGUCCUAAGGGGGUCUUGCUUUGCCUAGCUUCAGCACACAAAACAAGGAAUAAUGGAAGACGGUUGCAGGAAGACUUUUUUUGCUUUAUGUAAGGAAAACUUUAUUAAUCAGAUGUUCAAAAGAGGAAUGGGUUGCUGUCAUGGACAAUGGGUUCCCCUUUACUAUAAGUCUUUCAACAAAGAGAUCUGUGAGAGAGAGUACAACAGAAAUUCUUCUCCAGGCAUUGACUAGAUCUUCUACCUCAGACAGUCCAGGAUUCUGUAAUCCUGUAAUAUUUUCUUAUGUCCAAAAUAACAAGUUUCUCAAUCCCCAGGCUGAGAGGUAUUGAGGGAAAUCUAAGAUCAUAGAUUAUAGAUCUGAGGCCAUGUAGUUCAAAUCUCCCACUUAUACAGAUAACGAACUGAGAUAGAAAAUCUUACAUGAUAUACUCAGUCCCACAGAGUCUGAAAUGGAAUUUUAAUCCAGGUUUUUCCUAAUACUGUAUCUAAAUUACUUAGUCCACAAUCCUGUCUCCUGUUAAAUUCACAUUUUAAUUACUCAAGGCAGAAUCUAUCCUCUCUUAAAUUCCCAGAAAAUGGGAACAACCAUAUAUAGACUGGAUAAUAUGAUUUCACUAUUUACACUGUAGUUCAGAUGUAAUCCUUACCAAAGACAGGUAAUGAAGUCCAUUAAGUCCUUUUUGGUGCUCAUUUCUAAAAUUCUGCUCCAGUGGGAUGAACACUCAUCUCUCAUAAGAACCCUUCACAUAGGAGCUCCCUUUGAUCUUGUAGCAAAAUAAUCUUAGUUCCCUAUACUUUUUCUUACCUUUAUUUUAAGAACAAUUCUAUAAAAUUUUUUAAAUAGUUGUAGAGUGUGGUUAUAUUUGUGGUGUUCAGAGAAUAAAGAACUUAUAGAACAAAAAAUAUCUAGCUAAAAUUGCUCAUUCUUCAAAUGAUGAACCUGAGGACUAGUUUGGGGAAAAGACAAUCAAGAUGCCAGUGUUUACAUGCCAUUGAGUCUUGUGCCCUCUCUGGAUGAUGCAUUGUUGGACAGGGCCAAACAAUGAAAGCCCUGUGGCAUCUGGGAUCAUUCCUCUAGAUACUAGCAUAGGAGAGGAGAAGAGAUGGAAUCCUGAAAAUGUGUUUUAAUUUAUUGAAAGGCAUAAUUGGAAGUCCAUUUUUAGAUGGUGGGAAUUUUAUAUACAAUUCAUAAUUUGCAAUUUCCCGGUCAGUCUAAUCUUAUUUUAACAAUUUCAAAUGACCCUUUUCCCUGCUCAACCCAUGGCUCACUCAAGGUAGCGCUUUUCUGUGGAUCUUUCUGAUCUUUUAUCAUGUAAUCCCAAGUGUGCCAGUGAUACAAAUAUGCUAAUAUGUAGACUGAGUCUGAAAGAGUGAUGGGUGAUUUGCUCAGCUAAGAGAAUAAAUCAUUUGACUCUUCGGA